UUCAUCGCGAUCACCUUCUCCUUUCUCGAUAUCGCUCUCUCAUCUCUCACUCCUCCCACCAUGCCCCCUCGGUCACGAUACGCCGUCGACCCCUCUCUCACGGCGCCCGCGAACCAGGCCCAGCAGUAUCAGCCCUUAGCCCCGCCUGGCACCGCCCAGCCACUCCAGCAAGCCAAUCCCACUUUCGCGCCGGGGUAUGGCAACCAGCAGCCAGCAUAUGACGCGUCUUAUGGCCACCAGCAGCAGCCCUAUGUUGAUCCGCGCGGACCACAAUUGCACCAGGUUGAUGACCGGUGCAAGCCCGCGCCGACAGGUCCCUACGCGCCCCCACAGGAGCAUCAUGUCCCCGCGCCCCACAGCUCCCACCUCCGUGGACAGCCGGCUACGCCCGCCCCGCCCUCGACAUUCAACUACCCGCCCGAGAACCACAUCCCUCCGCCCCCGCACUCGGCUGGACCGGCGCUCACAGGUCCCAGGAUCCGCAUCGACCCGUCCCAGAUGCCUGAUCCCAUAGAGGGCCAGGAGCUCGACCAGAAUCUCUACGAUGACGAGGACUUUCACUCAUGCGACACCAAGGGCCUCAUUCCCCUCGCCAUGACUGACUACCGUGGCGUCGACCAGGGCAACUCCCUCCCACGGCAUAUCCGUGCAACGCUGCCGACGAUACCCUCGACGCACCAGCUGUUGGACACAACCGCGUUACCAUUUGGGCUAGUUGUCCAGCCCUUCGCGCCGCUGCGGUACGAUGAGGCACCUGUGCCGCUCGUGUCGAACUGGGUUUCGGGCCAGAGCGCGUUCGACCCACCCCCUUCCCCCAGCGGAGAGGAGGCCGUCGGUCCACCCCGCUGUGACAAGUGCCGCGGCUAUAUCAACCCCUGGGUCCGCUUCGUCGAUGGUGGCCGCAAGUGGGUGUGCAAUCUCUGUGGCGCCGACAAUGUCGUCUCUCACUCGUACUUCUCGCAGCUCUCGACUAUGGGACAGCGUGUUGACCACAACGAGCGACCAGAAUUGCAGCACGGCACCGUUGACUUCCUGGCCCCGCGCGAAUACUGGUUCCCUCAGCCAGCAGGGAGCAUCUUUGAGGACAACAGUGACGCACUGGCUCACGCAGGAGAUGCCCUCGCGACGACCGGUGCCGACCUUCUUGGUGCGCUGCAGUCGAGUUUGGGCCAGACACCCAGCAGGGGCAACACACCGCAGCCUGGGCAUCGCAAGAAGCCGAAGGAGGAAGGCAGGAAGCUCCGUCGUCCAGUGCCUAUCGGCCGUGUGUUUGUUAUCGACGUCACAACUGGUAGCGCGCAGCGUGGUAUCGUUCGCUCGAUCUGCGAGGGUAUCCGACGCGCCCUUUACGGUGACAAGAAGGAGGAUGGAGACGAGGAGGACGAGGAGGUGAUCGGACAGGGAGAGCGCGUCGCAUUUGUGACAGUCGGCCAGUCCGUCGGGUUCUGGAGCCUCAGCCCGGCAUUGCCACAGCCCCAGCUGCUGGUCGUGUCAGACCUCGAAGACAUGUUCUGCCCCAUGGUCGGCGGCUUCCUCGUUGACUCGCAGGAGUCCAAGGCGCAGAUCGAGACCCUCCUCACGCUUAUCCCCAACAUGUAUGAACAGCAGCCAGACGGGCCUUAUUGCGCGAUUGGCGCCGCGAUCAAGGGCACGAUGGACGGCCUUCGCUCGAUUGGUGGCCAAAUCAACUUCUUCUUGUCAGGAUUACCGCAGCUUGGCCCCGGUAAGCUGCAGCCGCGUGACGAGUCGUCGCUUGCGGGCACGGACAAGGAGAAACAGCUCUUCUCGCCAGCCGACCCCUUCUGGCGGGUGACGGCUGACGAACUUGCUGAGAUCGGCAUUGGCGUCAACACGUUCGUCUUCCCCGACCGCGCUAUGGAUCUGGCCUCCGUCUCUGCGCUCUCGGCCGUCACGGGCGGUGACACGUUCUUCCACCCGAAAUACUCGCCCGUGCGCGACCGAGACGCAUUGCACGACGAGAUCAAGCGCGUUGUAACGCGUGAGAUUGCGUACAAUGUGCUUGUCCGGGUACGCUGCUCCAACGGCCUGCGCGUGUCCGAGCACACUGGCAACUUCUUCCAGCGCUCUGUAACGGAUCUUGAGUUCGGCACAAUGGACGAGGCCAAGGCCUUUGUCGCGACACUCAAGCACGAGGGCCACAAGCUCGACGACCGCCAGAUGGCCUACGUGCAGGUCGCAGCGCUGUACACUAGCUCGAGUGGUGAGCGCCGAGUGCGUCUCCUAAACCUGUGCUUGAGGAUCACUGGCCUCAUCGGCAAUGUCUUCCGCUAUGCCGACUUUGAUGCGAGCGUCACCAUGUUCUACAAGGAGGCUGUCACGCAACUGCCUGUCAAGCGCCUGAAGGACAUCCGCCGGCAGCUCAUUGAGCGCUGCAACCGUGUGCUGUUGAUGUACCGCACGCAUUGUGCGCCGGCCGUGCAGAGCGGGCAGCUCAUCCUGCCGGAGGGCUUCAAGCUGCUCCCGAUCUUCACAUUGUGCAUGGUCAAGGCCAAGCCGCUCAAGGGCGGCAACGUCGUCGCGGACGUGCGUUCCCACUACCUCCGCGUGGCCAAGGGCGCGGGCACGACUGCGAUCAUGUCCUCACUCUACCCUAGAAUCAUGGCCAUUCACGACCUGGACGAGAAGUACGGCUUCCCCGGCCCCAACGGCCGCCUGCGCCUCCCUCGCUUCAUGCGUGCCAGUCACGUGUGGAUGGUUGCCGACGGCGCAUACUUGCUCUCGAAUGGGGAGAUCGCUAUGCUGUGGUUCGGUGGCGCCGUCAACCCGCGCGUCAUCGACGAGUUGUACGGCGUCGAGAACGCGGACGAGCUCGACGUCCGCAUCACGCGCCUGCCGAAGCUCCCGACGCUUCUCAGCACACAGGUCCGCAACAUACUCACCCACCUCGAGCGGCUUGCUGGGCACGAGCUGCCGGUUCUCCUCGUGCGCCAGGACAGGGACGGGCUUGAGAUUGAAUUCGCCAACAUGCUCGUCGAGGACAGCAACAACGAUGCGUUGUCGUAUGCCGACUUCCUCAUGUCGGCGCACAAGGCGAUCACUAACGAGCUUAGUGGGAAAAGCAACGACGGGUGGCGCGCACCGUGGUCAUAGGCAUAAUUAUACUCUUAAUGUCGGGACGAACAAAUGCAAACAUCUGUGGGCGGGAUGCC